CAGUCUGUCGAGACGCACCUCCUUUCCAGUUGGGAACGCACCGGGACUUCGCAUCUGGAUUUUACGCGUCGAUCGGUCUACGCCUACAAGACAGCCCGCCUACCCCGCUGCAGCCCGCACACUCGGCAGUGGGCUUUUCACGGCGGAGACCCGUCGUCCUCUCCCCCUUUACAGCUCCUUCAAAUUGUCAAAUCUCGUCCUUCUUUCAUUUUAAUGGCCGUCCGUGGCGCGAUUUGCAUUCAGCAGCGCAAUAGUUAAUGAGUGCCGGAUGAGCCCUCACUCCAGCAGACCGCUACAGUACGAAGAUGGCGUCGGAGGGAGCCAGUGGAGAGCAGCCUCCUCCGGUACACACACUGGCAACCGCCGUGUUGGGAAGUGUCGACACGAAAUGUGAGUUCAACAUGGAUAACCUGAGCAAGCCAGAGCUGCUCACCCUGCUGAGUAUCAUGGAAGGAGAGCUGGAGGCCCGCGACCUGGUCAUAGAGGCCCUGAGGGCUCAGAGGAAGGAGGUGUUCCUCCAAGAGCGAUACGGUCACUACAGCCUGACCGACCCCUUCCUGGCACUUCAGAGGGACUUCGAGUGCGGGGUCCCAGGAGGAGACAAGGAGCGGCGGCCCCUGGGCUCCAGCCCCAUCUCUGUUCUGGAGGCUGUCAUGGCCCACUGCAGGAAGAUGCAGGAACGCAUGUCAGCCCAACUGGCCGCCGCCGAGAGCCGCCAGAAAAGGAGGAAUAUGGAUGUGUGAAAGUGUUUGGAUGAGAGGCUGGCAGAAUGAA